AUGGAGGAGGGACUGGUGAUAUUUAUUGUUAUUGCUGUAGUAAUGUUUAGUCUGUUCAUCCUUUGUGGGGUGUUUUGUGGUGUAAAAGGCGGUGGCGGUGAAGCUGGCGGCGGCGGAGGUGGCGAUGGUGGUGGUGGCGGCGGUGGCGGUGAAGAUGGUGGUGAUGAUAACGGUGGCGGUGGAGGCUAUGGUGGUGAUGUUGAUAGCGGCUGGGGAGGCGGUGGUGUUGAUGGCGGCUGGGGAGGCGGCGGUGCUGACAGCGGCUGGGGAGGUGGCGGCGGUGGAGGUGGAGUCGGCGGUGAUGGCUUCGGUGGUGGAGGCGGAGGAGGCGGCUUUAGUGGUGGAGGUGGGGGAGGAGUUUAG